CCCAGGAGGCGUAAAACUUUCUUGUGCUCCAAAGCGUGCACAGCCCUUUAUUCUGACCAUGAUGCGAAUGUUAAACUUUAUGUAGCCUAAUUUAGUUAAACAGACGCAUAAUAGCCAGUUUUUUUUAAAAUAACACAAUAAUUCGUAUUUAUGCUCCAUUUGCAAGUCUUGAUUUGGCACUGAGAAGUUUUUGGUGAUGGACAUGGCUGUACUCUGGGGCUCCCCGGUGAGUUUUCUUCAUGGCUGGCUUACCCUGGUGGUCUGCGGCCAGUGUGCUUUGGCUUUUUCGGUCGCUGGACAACAGGAGAUAACCUGUGAGGCGAACGGCAGUAUUUAUUAUGUGGGCGAAUGGUACUUUUUAGACUCAGAUCAUUGCACCCAGUGCGAAUGUACAGCAGAAGGGUCUGCUUGCGCGCGGACUGAGUGCACAUCACUGCCUGCCGCCUGCAUCCAUGUCAGCCAUUACCCGACAGACUGCUGCCCGAGGUGCGAGAAGAUCGGCUGCGAGUACGGGGGAGAAGUCUACGAACUGGGCCAGCAAUUUCAGCCGUCAGCAUGUGAGCAGUGCACUUGUCACAGCGACGGCAUCGCCCGCUGUCAGGUAGCAGACUGUGCCCCUCCACCAUGUGUUAAUCCAAUCUAUCAGAAAGGGAAAUGCUGCCCUCAGUGCAAGGAUGGGCCAAACUGUUACGUGAAUGCCUCUAGGACCCAAGUGAUCCCUGGAGGAGAGCCAGUGUGGGUCGACUCCUGUACUAAAUGUCGCUGUCAUGACGGUCAGGAUGCAGGUUAUUGGGAAGGCAACCGCUUGGCAACGUGUUCCCAUGUGCGCAACUGUCAACCCGACGAGGGGAUUAACUGAGGAAAGAGUUCAAAAAUUGGGUCAUCUGACAUCCUUAUUUAUACAAUGGAUGAACUCAGCAGAUAUUUGAACCACACCUGUGGAAGAAAGUGGAGGCUAUUUAGCCUACAAGCUUUAUAUGAUUAAAAAACAGUCUAUUAUUAUUCUUAUGUUAACUGAACCAUUUAACAUCCAUUUGUUAAAGUAAAAUGAGUUUUAAAAAAACAGUUUUGACUUGCUAAGGGAUAUUCCCUAAUGAAAUUGAUAAUACAGCUGUUUUGAGACACCUUUUUGGGCAUGGUUAUAAAUAGCACAGUGAGCAUAUUAGCAACUAAAGUACAAUUGCGUUUAGAGAAACGUUGACAUUGGGCACUGUGUAGUGUACACUUGCACGCACCUGCAGAUGCAACGAUCAUCCACAAUUCAAAAUCUUUAUACGAUUUGAAGUAGCAUCUAUGUUUUCAUUACUUUCUGCUUCUGAAGCCUGGAAACCAAAGUAUGUUGAGACUGCAAGACUUACAUUACUGCCAUGCAGGCAUGGAACCAACUAAUGUAGUCUGAAAUACAAACAAACCUAUCAGAAAUGAAUCACGUAUAAAUAGCACAGGCUCAUUUUUGCUGGAUUUCUGUUCUGACACCUCAUUUUAAAAGCUGUGGUAAUAAUGCUAUUUCUUUUCGAGGACUGUAUUCGCGGCAGUGACCGAAUGUACACAAAAUAAAUAAACCGCAAGUGA